AUGCUGGACUCUUCUACUGCAAUCAGCAUCAUCUUGGGAAGCUCCAACAGCAACCAUCGCCAUGGUAAUAUCGCCAAGCAGCUUAAGACUCUGCUUAGCCUGGAUUGGGAGGUUAAUGUUUCACAUGUGUUUAGAGAAGCUAAUCAUGCUGCUGAUUUUUUGGCAUGUAAAGGACAUGAUUGUAAUUUUGGCACACAUUCCUUCGAUGUGUGCGACCAAGGCCUUGGUCAAUGGCUCCGCCAUGAUGUAAUGGGUAUCACCCAAGAACGUCUUAUUAUUAAUACGAGUUAG